AUGAGUAAUCGAUCUCAUACUCGUUGGGGUGCUCGACAACCACCGCGUCGAGGUGGCGGUGGCGGCGGAGGUUAUGAUCAAAGUUAUGAUGAUUACGGUUACAACCAGCAACACUAUUCUGCAAGUGGCUAUGAUUAUGAUCAGUAUGAUCAAUCUCAGUCAAAUUAUGACCGGGGUUCAGCGUCAUCCAAGCGUUAUUCAUCGAAUCGCAAUAAUUACGAUGGUGGAAAUUACCACUACAAUCCUCCACCACGGCAUGCAAAGGGGAACUUUGUUGAAAAUCAGAAUCAGAAUCAGAAUUACAGCAAUAAAUCAAAUACACCAGCAACGAAGAAACCGUCAAAGAAGCAAGAACUUGAGUCAACUCCUGUAGUGCCUGCCAAACCAGAAGAGACAGCCACCGAGACACCAUCACCACCAGCACCACCGCCUCCAGUGAAGCCAGCAGAUGAAACGCCUGUUGUCGCAGGGCCUGUCGAAGAAUCAAAGCCAGUAGAAGUACCUGUAGAAGAAGCACCGGUACCAGAACCACCUCCUGAAGAAAAUCUUGAUUUACUUCGGCAGCAAGUGGCAAGCUAUCUAGCUGAACGACAAGAUCGUUUGAAACAGCGACAAGAACUCCGUGAGCAAAACAUACAAGCAGAAAAGAAACGUCUCAAUGCUGAACAACAAGAAGCGGCAAUGACACGGCUAGAUUCAAGUAUCAAACGUAUUCCGCCAUUUAUCAAACGUCUCCGAACAUUAACUGAACAGCAACGUGAUGCACUUUGUCGAGACAUGCAGGGAUUAAACUUAACGCGUUAUAUAUCCGAAGUUGCAACAGCGUUAACCGAAGCGAAAUUGAAAAUGAGCGAUGUUUGGACAUCCGUACAGAUUUGUUCGUUGUUGCAUCAACGUUAUCCAGAUUUCUCUACGACACUCUACGAUAAUUGGUUAAAAGUUUUACAGAAAGAAACGUUAGCUGAUAAUUUGUCGAAAGUUCGUGUCGAUUUACGUUUAUAUGCUGAAUUAAUCACUGUACAUGUUUUACCAAUUCAACAAUCAAUCAAUCAUCUUCUAUCAAUUUUAACAACGUUAAUCAACAACGAUAAAGACUUUUCCAAUCUAACUAUUUUGAUUAGUUUCUGUCGUCUGUGUGGAGAAGAUUAUGCUGAUAUAUUUUCAAAUAAGAUACGAAAGUUAAUAACGAAAUUGGAUGAAAAUAUCGAAGAAACGAACAAGAGUAUGUUUCAUUCGAAUGAAUUAAAACAACAAAUUCGGCAAAUGUUAAAUGAUUAUUUUCAAAAGCUGUCCGUUUACCUUGUCGAUGAACAUAAACAAUUGCAAAAACAAGAUCAAUUGAUGAAACGCACUAUGGAAAAUCGGGGAGAAAUCAGCCAAGAGAUCAAAGAUAAAUAUGAACAAGCGAAUACCACAUUUCAGAAAUUAUUACAGAAUACAGAAACAAUGGCCGAUUUGCUCGAACAAGUGAUGCCGGAACUACCGAUCGAGGAAGUUACUAAGAAGACCAGUGAUCGUACUGGAAUUGAUUUCUAUAUACCUGGCCGAUCGGAUGACGAUCUCGGCGGAAAUACAAUGUGGGAAGACAGUGAAACGAAGCAAUUCUAUGAAGAACUUCCUGAUUUGAAACUUUUUCUUCCUCAUUACGCAUAUCGCGAACCACUGACACCAGCAACUCCAACAACAACAACAACUACUACAACUGAAGAAGCCGAUACACUCGAUUCGGUACAAAUCGAACAAGAAAUUGAAAAAGAAGCAUUAGAAGUCACAUCUGCAGCAGCCGAUGCCGAAGAAGAAGAUACCACAUUGGCUGAUAUCGAAGAUGGACCCGAGGAAGAUGUUGGAGCAAAUAAUAUCAAAUUGAUGAUGGAUGUUUUUGUGACUCAAUUACCAUCGUGCGUUAAUCGUGAAAUGAUCGAUAAAGCAGCGCGCGAUUUUGCAACAAAUCUAAAUACCAAGCAGAAUCGUAAACGACUAAUAAAAGCUCUAUAUACAGUUCAACGAACAUAUUUACAUUUGCUACCGUUUUAUUCGCGUUUAAUAGCUCAGUUAACUCCCGUGAUGCCUGAAAUUGGGAAUGAAUUAGUUCGCUUACUGAAAAAUGAAUUUCGUGCUCAUAUUAAACGCAAAGAUCAAAUUUACAUUGAAUCGAAAAUCAAAACUGUCCGUUUCAUUGGCGAAUUGGUGAAAUUCAAUGUUUUUCCCAAGGCUGAAGCAAUCAAUUGCUUGAAAACAUUGCUAAGCGAUUUUCGUCAUCAUAAUAUUGAAAUGUGCUGUAAUCUUUUGGAGACAUGCGGCCGAUUUCUUUACCGCAGUCCGGAUUGUCAUCGACGAACAGAAAUUAUUCUUGAAAUCCUAAUGCGGAAAAAGGCAGUGUUGAAUUUGGACAAUCGAUAUACAACACAAAUCGAAAACGCUUAUUAUUAUUGUAAUCCGCCCGAAACUCGAGAAAUUGAGAAGAAAAUUCGAUCACCGAUACAAGAAUACUUGCGGCGAUUACUUUUCAAGGAUCUGAAUAAAAUGUCUACCGAAAAGAUUCUUCGACAAAUUCGUAAAUUCAAUUGGCUUGACGCAGAAUUUCGUUUCUAUGCAAGCAAAUGUUUAGCAGCGCCAUACAGCAUGAAAUUCAAUUCGAUUCAAUGUCUCGCCAGUAUACUCUCUGGUCUAUCUCAUUUCUAUGAUGAUGUAGCAAUUGAAGUACUUGACAAUGUGCUUGAUGAUAUUCGCUUAGGUCUUGAGAUCAAUAUUCCAAAAUUUAAUCAACGUCGUUUGUGUAUGAUUAAAUAUCUCGGUGAAAUGUACAAUUAUCGAGUUGUUGAUUCAUUGAUUAUCUUUCGUACUUUAUAUUUAUUAAUUACGUAUGGUGUUAAUCUUGAUAAUUCGGAGCCAAAUGAAAUUGAUCCACCUGAACACUUAUUUCGCAUUCGACUUGUUUGUACAUUACUCGAUACCUGUGGCCAAUACUUUGAUCGGGGUACAAGCAAAAAACGACUUGACUGUUUUCUCAUCUAUUUUCAAAGAUACUACCAUUUCAAAAAAGAACAGCCGAUCUGGAAUGCUGUAACGUAUCCGUUUCCACGUGAAAUCCAAGAUAUUAUGGAUGAAUGUGUUAUGGAUCUAAGACCGAAAUUUAACAGAGCCACAUCGUAUGCUAAAGCUUGUGAACAAGUAGAAAAUAUGGAGAAAGAAUUUGUCGGUUUGAUUAAUGAACAGCAAGCGAAAGCAGCUGCGAAAGAUGCGACGAAUCUGUCACGCGAUGUGAAUCUAGCACCAAUUACUGAAGAUGAUGAACAGCCAACAGAAAAUACAAAUGACGAUGAAUGUUCCAAUGUACCACGACGACAAGAUGACGAAGAGGACGAGGAAGAUCGAGAUGAAGAGGAAGAAAACGAAGAUGACGAUGAAGAAUGCCACGCUACUGUGCGUGUUCGCCGUCCGCGACCAAGUGGUGGCAGUGCUGAUCGUACGAGUGGUGGUAGUGGUGCUGAUGAAGAAUGUUUGGAUACAGACGAGAAUGAUCUCGGUGGUGGUGGUACUUUUGAUGAUGCGAAUCAGAAUGGCCGGAAGACUUCCACAGAACGUGAAAAAGUCGUCAGCGAAGAAGACAAAGAUUUUAUGAAAGCAUUCGACGCACUUGUUGCCGAAUCGGUUGCUCAACGUACUAAUGAUAUGACGAAAAUUCCGGCACCGGAUAUUCCGAUACCAGUUCAUUUGCGGAAGAGUAAACUGCCAUCGACGACAAUGAUGAAUAUUUCACAAAGCGAUGGCGACGAUGAAAGUGAAAAUACCGCUAAAAAAACAGAAACAGUUAAUUUUGUUGUGAUGCUCAAGAAGAACAAUCGACCACAGUUCCAUAACAUGGAAGUUUCAAGCACGUCUGAAAUGGCGCUACGUUUGAAAGCUCGUGAACAAGCUGAUCGGGAAGAAAAAGCUCGUUUGAAAAUACUCACAUUGAGCAUGUCAACACGGAUGGAACAACAAGAAACUGAACAAGAAUUGAUGAUGAACGCAAGCAAUCGUUCAGCAAUACCAUCAGCUGCCAAUCUAAAUCGAGAGAAAAAGCAGAAAUACAUCCCGCCUAAAGGCGUUCCAGAUGUUGAUCUUAUAUUUGGAUCGAAAAAACGGUGA